AUGCUGUCCUACGCAGAGAGGCUGGGGAGCCCGGCGGUCUCCCCACUCCCAGUCAGGGCCCACGUGAUGCGCGGGGCGGCCUUCGCAUACGUGCCCAGCCCUCAGGUCCUGCACAGGAUCCCAGGCACCCCUGCCUACGCCUUCCCCAGCCUGGGCCCGGUGGCCCUGGCCGAGCCCGGCUGCCCCUUCGGGGAGGUUCUGGAGCUCCAUGACCCGCUGCCCACCAAGCCGGCCCUGGAGGAGGAGCCGCAACCAGAGCCCGGGCUGGCCCAGAAGCUGCGCCGAGCCACCGUGACGCUGCUCAAGGUGCCGCUGAUGCUCGCUUUCCUCUACCUCUUCGUCUGCUCCCUGGACGUGCUCAGCUCCGCCUUCCAGCUGGCUGGAGGGAAGGUGGCUGGCGACAUCUUCAAGGACAAUGCCAUCCUGUCCAACCCAGUGGCGGGGCUGGUGGUGGGCAUCCUGGUGACCGUGCUGGUGCAGAGCUCCAGCACCUCCACCUCCAUCAUCGUCAGCAUGGUCUCCUCCGGCUUGCUGGAGGUGAGCUCUGCCAUCCCCAUCAUCAUGGGCUCCAACAUCGGCACCUCUGUCACCAACACCAUCGUGGCCCUGAUGCAGGCGGGGGACAGGACUGACUUCCGGCGGGCCUUCGCGGGGGCCACAGUGCACGACUGCUUCAACUGGCUGUCAGUCCUCGUCCUGCUGCCCCUGGAGGCUGCCACCAGGUACCUGUACCACCUCACUCGGCUUGUGGUGGCCUCCUUCAACAUCCGCGGUGGCCAAGAUGCCCCUGACCUGCUUAAGAUCCUCACGGAGCCCUUCACUAAGCUCAUCAUCCAGCUGGACAAGUCUGUGAUUACCAGCAUUGCCCUGGGUGACGAGUCCCUGAGGAACCACAGUCUCAUCAGGAUCUGGUGCCACCCAGACCCGGCCGAGGCUCCCACCCCCAUGCCCAGGGCAGAGGCCAACAGCAGCCGGACCCUCGGCAACGCCAGCCUGGAGAAGUGCAACCACAUCUUCGUGGACACGAGGCUGCCUGACCUGGCCGUGGGGCUCAUCCUACUGGCUGGCUCCUUGGUGCUCCUAUGUACCUGCCUCAUCCUGCUCGUCAAGAUGCUCAACUCUCUGCUCAAGGGCCAGGUGGCCAAGGUCAUUCAGAAGGUUAUCAACACUGACUUCCCCGCCCCCUUCACCUGGGCCACAGGCUACUUCGCCAUGGUGGUAGGUGCCGGCAUGACGUUCGUCGUCCAGAGCAGUUCUGUGUUCACCUCAGCCAUCACCCCACUCAUCGGCCUGGGUGUGAUCAGCAUCGAGCGCGCCUACCCCCUCACCCUGGGCUCCAACAUCGGCACCACCACCACGGCCAUCCUGGCUGCCCUGGCCAGCCCUCGGGAGAAGCUGUCCAGCGCCUUCCAGAUCGCCCUCUGCCACUUCUUCUUCAACGUCUCGGGCAUCCUGCUGUGGUACCCAGUGCCCUGCAUGCGCCUGCCCAUCCGCAUGGCCAAGGCCCUGGGCAAACGCACCGCCAAGUACCGCUGGUUUGCCGUCCUGUACCUCCUGCUGUGCUUCCUGCUGCUGCCCUCGCUGGUGUUCGGCAUCUCCAUGGCCGGCUGGCGGGCCAUGGUGGGCGUGGGCGCGCCCUUCGUGGCCCUGCUGGCCUUCGUGGUGCUCGUCAGUGUCCUGCAGAGUCGCAGCCCGCGGCACCUGCCCAAGUGGCUGCAGACGUGGGACUUCCUGCCCCCCUGGAUGCAUUCCCUCAAGCCCCUGGACCGCCUCAUCACCCGUGCCACGCUGUGCUGUGCCAGGCCUGAGCCCCGCUCACCCCCGCUGCCUGCCAGGGUCUUCCUAGAGGAGCUGCCCCCCCCUACGCCCUCCCCCCGCCUUGCCCUGCCUGCUCGCCACAAUGCCACCCGCCUCUAG